UCAGUGUUUGUUAUGGUCUGGGGUUUGGGUUCAGAGUCUUGACAGCAUGUUUGUGUCUCUGCUCUAAACACCCAUUCAUGCGCUCUGACGAUCUCCUGGAUAGUUAAUAUGGAGAAGGUGCGAAAGAUUGUAGUUCAUCUGUCGAAGGAAACCAAAAACGCCGCUCCGCAGUGCGCUCGAUUCGUGCAGAGCAUAACUGGACACUUUGUCGGGAGUGAGGAUCAGGUAAAUGUGAGCUGUUCUUUGGAGAAUAACAGAUUUAUUUUAUGUGACCGGUUGUGUGAUGGAGCAGUUCCUCUGAAGAGGGCGUCCUUUUGCCCCAUCAAAUACCUGUCUCACUCAGAGGCAGUCUCCCUGCCUCCAGAUACCCUCAGGCGUGGGGUAGACGUGGCCGUGGCUGUGCUGCUGCAGUCCGCCGAUCAGAAGCUGUUGCUGACGCGUCGUGCCUCCAGCCUCCGGAUCUUCCCCAAUGUUUGGGUUCCGCCCGGAGGCCACGUGGAGCUGGAUGAAAAGCUGUUGGAUGCAGGACUCAGGGAGCUGCAGGAAGAGACUGGUCUGAAACUGAGCCCUGAUGAGUUCUCCUCUCAGCUGCUCGGCCUGUGGGAGUCAGUGUAUCCGCCCAUGUUGUCCAGAGGACCGCCUCAGAGACAUCACGUCGUGACGUACAUACUCCUGAAGAGCUCUCAAUCACACCUGCAGCUUCAGGCUGGUUUGCACCCAGAUCCAGCUGAAGUCAGUGCGUGUGUUUGGGUCGAUGCAGGUCUGGUGAAAGUUGUGGUGUCUGCUGUAGAUGGUGAGAAGGAUUCUGUUCGAAUGCCAGCUGACCUGCCACAGACCAUCAGUGUGACAGAGGUGUCUCCACACGCUGAGCUGAGCGAGACCUCACUGCCCGUUUCUUUGUUCUGUAACCGGGCCCCGGAUCAUGGCGAGGACAUUGAACGAGUCAGCACCGGAACCAAAUUUGCAUUAGAACUGUGGUUGAAAACACUGGGGCCUCAAGCUGAGAUGGACUGACGAUGACUCUCUGCCAGCUUCUGUUUAUGUUCGUUACCAUUUAACCAGUGCCUUGAGGAAGACAGCACCACCUGCUGGACCGGAGCUAUUUAAGCAAUGCAUGUUAUUCAGGAACAACA